GGAAGACCCCCCAGUCACAGAGAACUGGUAACUGGUGUGUAAAGCUGCAGAGAUGCGUUACGGAGCAGAACCCAAGCAGCAGCGGAACGGCGGCUCUCGAAGGGAAACUGGCCAUUAAUAAGGAUAAAACCCGUGUGGGAUGUACCGAGGCCGUUUCCGCAGCGCAUUUCGGAGCUAAAAGCCGCGGCGCCAAGUGGGGGGCUCGGGUCGCGGCGGCGCAUCGAUCCAGGACGGACUCGGGAGGGGUCGCAUCAUGGGGAACGAGGCGAGCCUGGAAGGAGGAGGCGAAGGCCCGCUGCAGGGGCUCCCCGAGGGGCUGGCACCCGACGGGGCCGGCGGCUUCGUGCGGGUCCCCGGCGGGGCUCCGGUGGACCUGGCGGAGCUGAGCGAGGAGCAGCGGAAGCAGCUCGCCGCGGCAAUGUCAAGGGCGCAGGGCAGGCAGCCCGCGGGUGCUGCGGCCGCACGAAGGCCGUCAGAAUCUGGUGUCCAGCAACCAGGGGCCGGCAGAGGCCCGGCAGGCCUCAGUAAGAGUCGCACCGUCGACGCCUUCAACCAGAGUACAGCGGGCAGACCCACCACCGGGCGCAGUCCCUCAUCCCUUAAUCUAUUUGAGUCCCGAUUCCGGCAGGAGCCCAAAGAAUCUGAAAGCAAGUCAUCCGGCAUGUUUGGCUCCAGCUUCCUCAGUGGUGCCAACCCCCUCAGUGCCAUGUCAUCCAUGACCUCCUCCGUGUCCUCCUCCAUAUCCUCCAUGGGUGACUCCGUCAACAUUCCCAAGUUUGGGCUGUUUGGGGAGGAGGAUGCGGGAGCUACGCCAGAGUCCAAUCAGGGUGGAAAGCCACCUGGCAAGGGGCCUCAACAGGGAUCAGGUCCGAAGGCGCCGCAACAAGGGGGGCCUCAAAAACAGGGUCAAGGCCCUUCUGGAGUGGGGCCAAAACCCGGGCAAGGACAAGCAAGCCCAGGACCAAAAUCAGCUCAGGGACCUCCUGGACAGGCUCCCAGGCAAGGCCAGGGCCAGGCCGGACAAGGGCCUUCUGGGCCACAAGCACCUAGAGCAGGUCAAGCACCACCAGGGCAACAAGGACCCAAACAAGGUCAAGGCCCACCGGGUCAGCAGGGGCCUAGACAAGGUCAGGGUCCACCUGGACAGCAGGGACCGAGACAAGAUCAAGGUCCACCGGGUCAGCAGGGACCUAGACAAGGUCAGGGUCCACCUGGACAGCAGGGACCGAGACAAGAUCAUGGUCCACCAGGUCAGCAGGGACCUAGACAAGGUCAAGGUCCACCUGGACAACAGGGACAGAGACAAGGACCACCCGGUCAAGGUGCUAAACAGACACAAAGUGGUCCACCUGGCAAGCCUGGAUCCAAGCAGCCAGGACCACAAGGGCCUGGGGCUCACCCCGGGGAUGCCUCCAAGAGUCACCAGGGUGCCGCGAAUCCUACAAGGGGACUCUGUCCACUGUGUAAGACCACUCAGUUAAAUACUGGAUCUAAGGACCCGCCAAAUUACAGUCAGUGCACUGAGUGUAAGAACCAGGUCUGCAGCCUUUGUGGAUUCAGCCCUCCGGACUCAGCGGGUAAAGAAUGGUUGUGUCUCAACUGCCAGAUGCAGCGAGCAAUGGGGGGCAUGGACACCCCGGCUGUGAGAAAGCCCAAAGAAGGUUCGGCCCCGCCCUCGCCUCAGAGACAGGCUUCAGGAAAGCCCGGCAAGCUGCUCAUCAAGCAGCAAAGCACCACAGACCAAGGCUUAACACCCCCAACCACUCCAAGGCAGAAAUCCCCAGGUGCCAGCUCUCCAGGACCGCUUUCUCCAGGCUCCUCAUUGGGAGGCUCCCCCAAGAUUGAUCCCAAGACCGGCCGUCCCAUUCAACAGAAAGCCAGCCCCCAGCAGUCUCCGGCCAAGACCAAGCAGGAGUCUAGCUUUUUCGGCGGGUUGGGUGGUAUCAGUUUUGGAGGAUUGACUGAUUCAGUCAAACCAGCCGCUGCUUCCUCACAAGCAGCUGAGUCUGUCACCGGAAAACUGUUUAGCGGUUUCGGUGGAUUGAUGGACUCGUCUAAGCCUCAGGCGCAGGUGGCUCCAAAGCAGGAAGAAUCCGUCACCGGUAAGCUGUUCGGAGGAUUCGGCGGUUUAUCGGAGUCGGCAAAACCUCCCGCUGCCGCCUCGCAGAUGUUCAGCUUCGGCUCGUCCCUCCUGAGCUCCGCCACCAGUCUUGUCACCGGUGAGGAAGAAAAACCAGCCGCAUCUCCACCGGGAUCGCCGCCGGACUCCCCGGCCGACUCCGGACCUGGUUCCGGCCCUGGCUCCCCGCCUGAUUCUCCCUUCUCCGGUCCGGGCUCUCCUCCCGAUUCGGAUUCUGCUCCUGACACCCCGCCGGCCAAAUCCAGAAAACCACCGAGGACCAAGUCUGUCAAACGAGAACCCAGCUUGGACUUAGCAUCCAAAACUAAGGAAAGCUGCCCUCUCUGCAAGGCGGAGCUGAACGUCGGGACAUCAGAAGCGCCCAACUACAGCCUCUGCACCGAGUGUAAGAAGAGCGUGUGCAAUCUGUGCGGAUUCAACCCCACUCCCCACUUGGGAGAGAGCGAAUGGCUUUGCCUCAACUGUCAGACGAAAAGAGCCAGUCAGCUGGACGACACCACGGCUUCCCCGAAACAACCCGCUCCCGCUCCCGCUCCCUCUUCCAUCCCCACCCCUGCUGCUGUAGAUAGCAAACCCGUUGUAGUAGAAUCAGCAGCAGCAGCAGAGCAAGCCCCGCCCACCCCCGAGACCAAGGUGGAACAGUCGGAGAUCCCGACAAAGCCUAGCGACAGAGAAAGUGACACCAAGGAGGGCAGUCCUACCAGCCCCUCCGACCUGGCCAAGCUGGAAAGCACAGUCCUGCCCAUUCUCGAGGCGCAAGUGAAGGAUGACGAAGAGAAACAAACGGACACGCUGAAGACCAGACGUAAACUCGAGGUGCUUCCGAUUUCUCCCGACUCGCCCUGCUCGGACGAGGACCCGGAUCUGAACAAAAGUCAGGCAAAGAAAAAGCUGCUGGUGCCUCUGGACGUCAGGGUGGAUUCACUGGAUGAUAGUAGCGAAAGCUUUGGGAAAGAAAGCCCCUUAUCAGGGGACGACGAGGAGUUUAUCCGCAAACAGAUCAUAGAAAUGAGCGAAAACGAGGACGCCUCGCCAUCCGAUGAGGAAAACCACAUUCGGCGCGAGAUCAGACGAGAUGAAAGCCGACGAGUGCAAGAGAAGAAGACCGAGCCCGCGGCUUCGGGAAAGGCCAAGCGGUUAUCCAAGAACAACUCUCUAAGUCUCAACGAUGAAGAAGAUAACGCUCCACUCAUCAAAGUUGAUUUACGGGAGCUCAAAGAAGAGGAUCCUCAAAGCGGUGCCGCAGUUCGCAAAUUUCAAACGAUAGAGCUGAAUACAACCAGCAGCCCUGUGGUUGUAACGCAAGUUAACGUAGAGCCCGAGAUAGAAUGUUUGACCGAUUCUCCGGACGAUCGUUCGAAAGGGGAGGGGUCAUCCAGUCUACACGCGUCCAGCUUUACACCCGGCACCUCGCCGACAUCGCUGUCCUCGCUGGAUGAGGACAGCGACAGCAGCAGUCCCAGCCACGUUCGCUCCAGUGAGAGCAAGCAGCACAGGAAAGCCAAACACCGACAAGCUGGACAAAUGCUGCCGACGAUCGAAGACUCUUCCGAGGAGGACGAAUUGCGGGAAGAAGAGGAGCUGCUCAAGGAGCAGGAGAAACAGCGGGGAGCCGGUAAGAAAUCGAAGCGAGACAAGGAAGAGGUUCGAGGCCAGCGUAGGCGUGACCGUUCAAUGACGCCCCCGAGCAACCUCUCACCUAUCGAAGACGCCUCGCCGACGGAAGAACUGAGGCAGGAGGCGGAAAUGGAAGAGAUCAGACGAUCGUCCUGCUCCGAUUUCUCCCCGAGCAUCGAUUCAGACCCCGAGGGUUUUGAAAUCCAUGCCGCAAAGAUCGCGGCCGUGCAGAAAACGUAUCAAUUGCCCCUUUCCGUGUCCCACCGUUCUCCGACGGAAAGUGAAAACGUGGACAAAUCACAGAGGAGAGCUCUCAGAUCUGCCGAAGAAGCUUAUGAGGAGAUCGUCCUGAGGGCCAAGUCUCCGACAGUUGAAAAUGUUGACUUUCAUCCAGAAAAGGAGGCGCUUUUCGGAGGUAUGCUCAUUGAAGAUUAUGCUUACGCCUCGGUCACGGAUAAUUCAACAGAUGAUCUGGGGGCGACGGAAAAGAUCAGCGUUCCUGCCCAGCCCAAGAAGCUCAGAUCACCGGAUGAAGUUUAUGAGGACAUGAUCAAGAAAAGAAAGGAAUUCAUGAAACUCGAACAGGAAUACCAAAACAUGAAACAACCCAAAAAUGAAAGUACAAACCCCGAAAUCGUCUUGCAGCCCGCCGAGACUACCCUUUCCAAAGUCACGACGGUCACCCCGGGAAAAGAUGGAAAACCAUUGUUGGAUGCUGAAAGUGCUUACGAAGAGCUCAUGAAAAAAGUCUUGACUCCUGGAGAAAGUCCCACUCUGCAAGACCCCGAAGUGGAAACCACCUCAUCCAGAAGGGCUCUCUACCCAAUCCCAGACCUAAAAGUCACGCAGUGUUCCUCAGGAGAGUUGUCCUCUGAUGAAGAAAGUAUCAUUAAAAAGGAGGAAGAAGCUGCGAAAUCAACUUCAGCUGUCGAAACGCCAUCAUCCGCAUCCGACCAGCAACCGCACACCCCCGUCACGGCAUCCCGGACUGACACUUCGGACCUAUCAAGUGCAAUUGCAAUAACCUCUGCUCCUCUAACGGCAAACUUUACCGCCUUGCCUACUGUACCGCAGUACGCACAAGGCACCCCGAGCAUCGUUUCAACUGCCCCACCAAUCCCCCCGAAGCCAAAUGUCUUGCGCAGGGCAAAUUCUCAGGAAAAAGCCGAUGCACCCGUCGAGCCGCCGUUGCCUCCCCCUAUCACACAAAAACCCACGGUCUUUCCCAGAAAACCUCCAGUUCCACUCCCACCUCAGGCUUCAACCGCGCCGGUCAGGCCAGAGACACUUCCCGCCACUUCGCUUGCUAAACAAUCGGUCACGCCAACAUACAAACCUCACGUUCCGCCCCCUGUCCCCCCAAAGCCCUGCAUUCCUGCCGCCGUCGGCGAAAGCCAUAGACAAGGGGUCAAACCACCCGUUGCGCCAAAACCCUGCUCACAGCCAUCCUCCCCUGCUCAUGUCGCGCAUCCACCAAGACCCACCGUACUUCCCACGGGAUCCACCGACAUAGCUUUGAACCUCAGCCCUUCAUCUGAGAGCAAGCCCUUUCAACCCUCGCCAAAGUCUCCUUCCUCUCCUAGAUAUGCAAGAAACCUCCGUGAUACGUACGUGGUUAUCACACUCCCUUCUCAGCCAAGCUCUCCAGUCGACAGUCUCUCAACUCAAGCCCCCUCCGAGACUGGCCCAGUAUCGACGGCCCACCAAGCGCAGACCCCGAGUUAUCACCAAACACAGGCUCAGUCGACACCACCUCAUCCCACGAGGGUGCCUCUGGCAUACACCCGAGUGACAGAAUCCAUUGAGAAUCAAGAGAUAUGCGGCCCAGAAAAACACGUUACGAGCUCUUGUCACAUCAUCGAAGCCGUUUCGGCCUCCGCGCAGCCUCCCGUGGUCAUGCCAAACCUGAUCUCCCAAGUGGUUACCACAGAGGUCCAAAGAACCACCGUCUCCGUUGUUCACGAACGACCGCCGCCGCCUGGGCCAACUCCGAGGGCGACCGGACUCCCGAUCUCCAUGGAGAAACCAAAGACUCAAUUGCCCGUACAGAAUGGACAGGCGGUCCUCCCUUGUGAGGUGGUGGAUCUGAGGACUGCGAAGGCCGACGCAGCGUCGCACAUUAAUGGAGUGGAUCUGUCUGCCGGGCCGGACUCUGGUCGACAGUCGUUAGCAACUGAUGUCAGUCGCCAGAGCAGUGCGGUACAGUCAUCUGUCGUGAACCUCAGUUCCGAAUCCUCCACCUUCUCCAUCGUGACUGACAGCAUCACCAUUGUGACAUGUUCUGCCACAGUCCAGAGGGGUGAUAGUUUAGAGACCUCUCAAGCAUCUUCAAUCCCCCUCCAGCUCACGAAGAAUAAAGCAUUUGAACCCGUCUCUCAAAUCGUGUACCGCUCCGUGGAUUCUCAGCCUCCCGCUCACUCUGGUGAGAUCCCAAUGAAUCUCUCAGUUGGGGCGAGCGCAGGUAUUGGGACGUUCCAAACCCCACCUGUAACCAUGGCACCCGGUACCGUCCCUGCUUGCGUCGCUAACGGAUUAACGACAAGCACUUCGUCUGUGGCGGGAGCUGUUGACCUGAGCACGACAAAACCGUUCAAUACUCUGGUGUCCAUGGACGCCAUUUCGACAGAAGUUGUCACAGCCGUCAUCACGGAGGACGACGGCAAGCCAGUAGAUCUGACCGCUGGGAAAAGAGCUGUGUGCUGCGAUGUUGUUUACAAGCUCCCGUUUGCUGGAAGCUGCGCUACGCCGCAGCCCACCACCCCUCUGCCCGAAGACCGUUUUGGAUAUCGCGAUGACCAUUAUCAGUACGAUCGCUCGUCCUAUGGCGUGCGGGGGAUUGGCGGUAUCAAACCCUCAAUGUCGGACACCAACCUGGCAGAAGCCGGCCUGUUUUUUUACAAGAGUAAGAACAGCUAUAAUUUCAGUGGCACCACAGACGGUGCCGUAGAUCUUUCCUCGACAAAGAUUUCCGAUGCAGGCGAUGCUGUGGACUACUCCAAGAAAGCGACAUACGCGGGAAUGACAAUCCCUCCUUAUUCCCAAUCAGGAGUCACAAGUGGUGUCGGCACUCUCUUCGGUACAAAUAGUGUACUGCGGUCAUCCAAUGGGGUCGUUUAUUCCUCCGUUGCCGCACCCAUUCCAUCGACAUAUGCAAUAACCACCCAACCGGGAUCUAUCUUUUGUACGUCCUACAACACACAGUCAAGUAUGCAUACUAGUGACACCAUGCCAUCAUUGUCGGACAUCCAGAACCUGCCACUGACACGAUCCCACAGUUUCCUGUCUACGGUCUCGAUUACGACGGCAGACGAGCAGCAAGCCGACAUCCCUCUCAACUUGGAGAUAACCAAAGAGGAUGCUUCUGGUCAUGCUGUCACCACGGCGACCACCUCUUUAUCCCUUGACUACACAGAUGAGUCCCUCGAGGCGAUAGCCGCCUCCCUGGAGGCUCUUUCGUCACCCAUGGUCCCAGGCGACGGCCAGUAUCAGGCCGAGCGUGAACGGCUCGAAAUGGAAAAACUCAAGCAGCAGCGCCUGGCUGAGGAGCUGGAAUGGGAGCGUCAGGAGAUUCAACGUUUUCGCGAGCAAGAACAGCUGCUGGUCCAGAAGGAAUUGGAGGAACUCCAGGUCAUGAAGCAGCAAAUUUUGACCCAGCAAGAAGAGGAAAGGCAAGCUCACCUCAUGAUGCAAAAGGAAACCUACGCUCAGCAACAGCAGCAGCUCGAGCAAAUUCAGAGACUCCAAGAGCAACUCCGCAUGCAACUGGAAGAGCAAAAGCUUCGUCAGAUGUAUCCAGGCGGGGAGAUGCUCGGGAACGGCGUCCAGGAGGCCGUGGUCUUGGGCCCCGACGGCACCGUGCUGUCACGGAAGAUCACGGAUAGCGGUUGCCAAACCGAUGACGAGGACGAGACGGUCAGCAAAGCUUACACGGCGGGGAGGAAGAAGAAAAGCGUCAAAAAGAGCGUCGACAGUUGUGUGCAGACGGAUGAUGAGGACCAGGAGGAGUGGGAGGCUCAGAGAAGCCGACAGAAUCGGCCACGCACCUCACGAGGGGACAGGGGAGGGCACGCCGACAUGUCCCUCCAAGCGCAUACUGAGAUUUCGAUACAAACGGAUACAGACGGAAACAUCAGGAUGGACACGAGAAUGGAACUGUCCGACUCGGAAAGAACCUCGCCGAAGAAACGAGCCACGCCCUUGGAGAUUGGCCUGUCUCCCCACCUCAAGGCUGAGCCCUCCACACUUCAAGCGCCCUCUAAAUCCCCCAACGUGCUCUAUUCUCCCAUGUCGCCCUGUAUUUCCCCAAGCAAAUCACUCGAAUUUGUAUCUUACGAUAAAUCACUGGGCGAUAAAAGCCCCCAGAAGCUCAGGGGAAGCCCAGAUCCGGGAAGUCCGAGGGGAACGAAACCCAUGCAGAGAUCCAUGUCUGACCCCAAAUCCAUGAGUCCAAAUGGAGAAGAAAGGGCAACAUUUGGAACCCAGUGUGCUGAUACUGGGAAGGGCUCGGGUGGAACGCCCACCGGCACUCAAAAGAAGGUCAAGAGGACCCUGCCCAAUCCCCCAUCAGAAGAUGACUCAUCAGCCGGUGGCCAGACCGCCUAUAGCACCGGUUCCGCUCGACGGAGAAUGUGCCGCAAUUCAAACAUGGCACGCGCCAAGAUCCUCCAGGACAUAGAUCGCGAGCUCGAUUUAGUGGAACGGGAGUCGUCCAAACUGCGCAAAAGGCAGGCCGAGCUUGACGAGGAGGAGAAGGAGAUCGACGCCAAGCUCAGGUACUUGGAGAUGGGUAUUAAUCGGAGGAAAGGCGCCCUCCUGAAAGAGCGGGAGAAGAGAGAGCGAGCUUAUUUGCAGGGUGUGGCCGAAGACCGGGAUUAUAUGUCGGACAGCGAGGUUAGCAACAUCCGAGAGACCAGAGGUGACCAUGAUGACGGUGAGGAUGAGGAAAUAGAAAGCCAUGGUCUGGAACGUCCCAGGACAGCUCCUCAGGCUGAACUGGAUGACUUUGUCCCGCCUCAAACGAAACACGAAUACGGAAAAUACUCCCAGUACCCAUACCCUCAAAGCCAAUACCAGCAGUCCCUCUAUCAGACCCCCCAGUCUUACCAGUCCCAUCCCGUGUACUCCUCUGUGCCCUCGCUUACCAGCUCCCAACAGCAAAGUUACCAGCAGAUGCUCCUGUUGCAGCAGAAAGCGGCCAGGCAGGCCGCGCUUCUCUCCGAACUGGAUGCCACCAAAUAUGAUGUCAUUAGCCGCCAGCCCGAUCCCACGUCCUCGCCUUACCUCGGCGUGAAAUACGACAAGUACGGCAACCACCUUGACCUCAGGGCCUUGGACGUGGGAAGUCUCGCGGGUAGUCCCGUAUCGGCUGUCUCCGACGCCUACUACUCAGAUAUCGAUCACCACACGCCUCGGAGUUACCUGCUGCUGGAAGAUGCGGCCGAGCUCGCCAAGAGUUCCCCCGGUUUGUUGUCGUCAUACAGUCUCGCCGAGAGAGAGUUAGCCAAAGCGGAGAAGCUUCUGCAGCGCAGCGCCGCCGAUCUGGGAUCCACCGACUAUCUGGGAUCCACCUCCAGACUGCAUACGUAUGGUAAAACCCCCGAUGACGAAGAUCCAAUGGAGGAACCCUACGAACUGAAGCUUUUGAAGCAGCAGCUCAAGCAGGAGUUCAGGAGGAGCACGGGUGGGACGGAAAGCUUAGACCCUCUGACGGGCCUUUCCCAGCACUACUAUACCCCGAGCUCCAGCAUCUCCAGUUACUCCCAGAGGCACUACCCAAAGUCAGACAAGUACAGCAUCAGUCGGCUGACUCUCGAGAAGCAGGCGGCAAAACAACUCCCGGCGGCUUCCAUGUUAUACCAAAAACACAAGACUCCGUUACUGGAGCCGAAGAUCUCCUCCAAGUAUUCCUCAAUUACAGAAAGCAGAGGUUUGGACAUGGACUAUACGGGCUAUUUGGGAUCUGCCGGCGGCUCCCCGAGAUCCAGCCGACUCAUGCAGGACGAGAUUACCUUUGGCCUUCGGAAGAAUAUUGCAGAGCAGCAAAAAUACUUGGGGUCCACCUUAGGUGCAAACUUGGCUGGUUCGCUAAACCUGGGCCAGAGUUUGGGUUUGGACUCCGCGUACCCAAGCGGCAGUCGCUCAAGACCGUCAUCCAGGCCGACGUCUUGCUACGGCUUGGACCUGUCAAUCAAAAGAGACCCCUCCAGUUCCUCGCUGAGACUCAAAGGGGACGGCGAAGCCUCCACAGACAACUUCCAAACCCCCUCCGGUCGCGCCAAACCCACCAGCCUCCCCAUAGUGCAAAGCGGCCGUGGAAGAAUCCCCAUCGUAGCCCAGAACUCUGAAGAAGAAAGUCCACUGAGUCCUGUCGGGGAGCCGAUGGGCAUGGCCCGAGCCUCAGCGGGGCCUCUGCCGCCCAUCUCGGCCGACUCUCGGGACCAGUUUGGUUCCUGCCUCUCCUUGCAGGACUCUCAGCAGCAGCAGCAGCAGCAGCACAUCAGGGAAGAACCGAGCAGGGGUAGGGCUUUUGUGCUGAUGGAUGACCUUCAGGGCACCAUGUCAGAUAGCGAAGCCCAAAGUGAUUCCACGGUGCCUUUGAGCAGAGACCAUUCAGCCAAGGCUUACCACCUGAGACGAGAGGAGACCGACUGGUUCGACAAACCCAGAGACGGACGCCCGGAGAACGAACACGACAAGAGACAGGGUAAAGGUCCGUACUACCCCUUCCCUCACCUCAGGGUCAAACUGAAGAGAGAUCCCAAAGAUCGCAGCGUGUCAGGGAACGGCCUGGGCAUCCGUGUCGUCGGUGGGAAGGAGGUCCCUGGCGGUCACGGAGAGAUCGGCGCCUACGUUGCCAAAGUUCUAGCCGGUGGAGUCCCGGAACAAACGGGGAAGAUCCUGGAAGGAAUGCAAGUCCUGGAGUGGAACGGCAUCCCGCUGACCGGAAAAACUUACGAAGAGGUGCAAGGUCUCGUCAGCCACGCUUGUAGUGAGGCAGAAUUGUGUGUCAGACUAGAUCUCAACAUGUUGGCCGAAUCCGAAGGCGCGCAGCGCUUGGACUUCCAGGAGCCGAGCAAAAGCGACAGGCCUCCCAGGUCGCCGGGCGUGGACCCCAAGCAGCUGGCGGCCGAGCUGCAGAAAGUGUCCCAGCAGCAGGCCCCGCCGUCCUCCACCGCCUCCUCCACCAGCCUGACGGCGACCGCCUCGGCCACCUUCAGCCCCGCCCAGCCGGGCUCGCCAUCGGUCGGCAAGAAACGGCACAGUAGCAAGGCCGCAGAUGGAAGCAAAACCCCGUCACACCCAAUCACUGGUGACAUACAGCUUCAAAUCCACUACGACAAGCAGCUGGGCAACCUGAUCGUGCACGUCCUGCAGGCGCGGAACCUGGCGCCGCGCGAUAACAACGGCUACUCGGACCCCUUUGUUAAGGUGUACCUCCUGCCGGGACGGGGUCAGGUCAUGGUUGUCCAGAAUGCCAGUGCUGAAAACAAAAGGAGGUCCAAGCAUGCGGGCAAAAGCCUGAACCCUGAGUGGAACCAGACGGUCAUCUAUAAGAACAUCCACCUGGAGCAGUUGCGGAAAAAGACGCUGGAGGUGACCGUGUGGGAUUACGACAAGUGUUCGUCCAAUGAUUUCCUAGGAGAGGUCCUUAUCGAACUAUCCAACACGGCCCAGCUCGACAACGUCCCGCGGUGGCUCCCCCUCAAGCCGCAGACGGAGGGCGAGCACCACCGCCGCUCCCACCAGGGCCGUCACGGCUCCUCCAAAACCUCCUCGCAGCACUCGUCCCCGAAAACCGCCGGCACCGCCAACGAGCAGGACUCCCCCAAAUCGUCGGUGACCAAAAGCCGAAGUCACGGCAUCUUUCCCGAUCCGGCAAAGGGUAGGAGAGCCGCCGGCCUACCGGGCCGCCAGCGACACAGCGUAGUGGGUGUGCUCACCAUUCAGAGAGGCCAAUCUGAUUGGCUGCCCGCCCUGCCGUCGCCGGCCAAUGGGAGCAGAGCGGAUGGCCGUCACCUGACCCUCAGGAAGGCCGUGUCAGAGGAGAGGCCUCACGUUGCCCGAGCCCGCGCCAGCUACAGGUCGGGUGAAGCCCCCAUGACGGCGGCCUCGCUGGACAGCGGCCUGAGCGGCAGCGCCUACAGCUUGCUGGACGAGGAUGCGGAGAUGAACGAGGUGGACAGCGCCAUCUUCCAGGUGCCCCGAUUUGGGAAGAUUCCAAAUGGCACCGAUGGGAUGAAAUCCUCUCUGGGUGAUUCCGAUGGUAAGUCACAGGUGAUGGGUGAGAUAAAGAUUGCGCUGAAGAAGGAAGUGAGGACGGAGGGCGACCACCUGGUUUUGGAGAUUCUGCAAUGUCGCAAUAUCACCUACAAGUUCAAGACUGCAGACCACCUGCCCGACCUCUACGUGAAGCUGUACGUGGUGAACAUCGCCACGCAGAAACGCAUCAUCAAGAAGAAGACGCGCGUGUGCCGCCACGACCGCGAGCCCUCAUUCAACGAGACCUUCCGGUUCUGCAUGAACCCGGCGGGGCACUCCCUGCAGCUUUUCCUGGUGUCCAACGGCGGCAAGUUCAUGAAGAAGACGCUGAUCGGCGAGGCCUACGUGUGGCUGGACAAGGUGGACCUGCGCAAGCGCGUGGUCAGCUGGCACAAACUGCUCGCCAGCACCGCGCAGAUCCACUCCUAGGCGUGACCGUACCGCGUGCUGAGGCGCGGGAGGGUCAUCCAUCAAUUUAACUCGCGGGAGCUAGCCGCCAAUCCCGACGGGAAGCGGCCUACGCAAGCUAGCAGGUACACACCACUCGUCGGCGCAAAUCCACACACGAAAUACAGGGACACACAUGUACAAUAGAUGCUCAUUCACCCGCCCUUUGAAAGCAUUUCUCAAUGACUCACCGAGGUCUCUUAUUUAUUUUUCUAUUCGAAGGAAGCAUAAAUCUCUUUAUCGGUUCGUCACGUGCGCAAGAAGCGAAAGUCAUGUAUCCAACACACACUACCUAGCAUUCCACUUCCGGACCUUAUUUUACGUGAACAAACAGAUCUAUGAAAUCAUUUAUUUAGGAAUAUUACUUGAGAUAAAAUUGGGAAUAAGAAUGCCACAUACAGCGUGUACAUAACAAAAUGUUAUCUAUCUGGAAGGAUGUGGAAUAUGUCGUAUAACUAUUGUCGGAAUGAUUUUUAAUCACAGACAAUCAGGUCUUCAUGAUUGUGACGUUGGAGUUUCUUCCCCCCCCCCAUACACACAAGGCACCCAAUUUACCGUCGUGUGUCUUUUUUGUGCACUUCUCCUCCUCGAAUGUUAACGUGGCGUCACGUUCUCGAGCUUAAUUGUUUGAAUCACGUUCUAACAUCGUACGCAUUAAGUGUUGCAGAAAUAUUAGCGUUAUUGUUGUCGUUUUUUUUUUUUUUGUGGUCAAUUGUUUUCUAUGCAACCUCGACCAGAGACCGCAGCAACGUCGUCGUUUUUCCAGCCAAAAUUGAUUGAACUAUCAAACAGUAACAUUUGUCUCAUAUUUUUAUUUAUUCAUCUUUUUUAUAUGUAUUUAUUACCAUCUAAUGGUAUUUCAUCAUUGUAUAAAUUGAAUGAUUUUGUGUUUAUUUAUGUCUGCAUUUUCCGGUCACAAUGGAUUGAAAAUCCUUUUUUUUUUUUAUUUAAACUUUAUUUUUACUGAUUUAAGCUUUCGAUUUAAAACUAUAAUUUCUUCCCUAUGCGGCAGUUUAUGUUUACAGAACAUGUUGGGUGUGCUUUUUCUAUACGCACAUUCGUAGUGCUUGUUUACAAAGUUAAGUUCCAAAGGCCUGAAACUCAGAGAAUCCCCCCACUCCCCCGCCCCCGUUUACAGAGAAUUCCGGAAAAAAAACCCCCGCCUCCCCUGUAUUUUCUGGCUACAUUUCCAGCAGUGACCAAAAAGAGAAUUAUUAAUUUUUAGGUCGCCGUGAGUGUACGUCUUGAAAAAUGAUCAUGAUCAUUGAUUUUUUUUUUUUUUUCAAUCCCAAUGCAUGUCAUUAGGAAUAUCAACGUGCACACACACUCAGACACACACACUCACACACACAUACCUUUAAGCGUGUAAAUACACCAUCUUUUUUUAAAUACACCAGGCUUUGGGAGCAAUAGGUCUUUUAAAGGACAACAACAAAAAAAAAGGCCCAUAAAAAAGACCAAAAUGUGCGGUCAUUUGAUUUUUUUUUUUCUUGGUCAUUGUACAGUAGAGUGUUUACUAAUGCACACACACCUGGACAGCUCGAGUAGUCACAGGAGAAUUGUCAAUGUGCUCACACUGGAUGUUGCAUGUUCCCUUGGUGGCUCAUACUAUUUUUGUGUCCAGAUUAUGAUUAUUAAUACAUAAAAAAAAGAGAGAGAAUGACAUGUAGAGAAGGAUCUAGAACAUAAUGUUAUGGGUGAGGGUGGGGAUAUUUAUGGAUAAUAUAUGCUGACUGUACAAAGAUGAUUGUCCCCCUUCCGCACUUGUAAGUAAACAGAAAAAACAUAUCUAUACUGUCAUGUUUUUUGUGAUUGUAUACAAGGAGGUAUUGAUAAAUUAUGCAAAUUGUGCUGUAAAAAAAAAUGGCUGUUGCCCGCCCCAUGUCUAAAUAUUAAAUAUAAGUACAAAUGA